GUCGGUAGCAAACAUCCAAUAGCAUUUCAAGGGGCCAGCUUGAGGUACUGAACCCGUGAGCUGUAGUCUGGCGGCCGCCGCAUGAGCUAUAUUCGCAGCGAGAGUUACGCGAGAGGGUUAUCUGCUCCGAGUCCUUCGUUAUAAGAACAACCAAACCGAUCAAUCACGCGUCAGCCCUACACCACCAUGGUUUCACGCCACUUCUUGCAGCAAAGCGCCAUCGCCAUCAGCAUCGCUAGCUUAAUCUAUAAUAUCGCAGAAGGCGUCGUCUCCGUGGUCUUUGGUGCAGAAUCGUCCUCGCACUCUCUUAUCUUCUUUGGCAUUCAAUCGGUAAUCGAAGUGCUCUCGGCCUCACUCGUGGUUUGGAGAUUUAUGAACGGACUCAAAGCUGGUGAAGAAAGCGACGAUGGAUCUGAAGUUAGAAUGAUUAAAGACCUGAGGAUAGAGAGGAUAGCAACCUUGGGCAUAGGGAUUCUCCUCGCAAUGCUUGCCCUAGCAGCCGUGGGUACAUCCAUCGCCUCCCUUAUCGCCCAUGAACACCCCAGUCAAUCUAACGCAUCACUCAUCAUCGCUGCGAGUGCUACCUUCAUCAUGUUCUUGUUCUGGAUACCGAAGCGCUACCUUGCAAAGGCGCUAAACUCCAGUACGAUGAACGGCGAGGCGCUUUGUACCUUGUCGUGCAUCCAGUUUAGCAGUGCGCUAUUGAUUGGUUCCCUCAUAUACCGUGUCUGGCGUGGCGGAUGGUGGGUCGACUCCGCGACUUCCAUCGUGAUUGCUAUGCUUUUUGGUUGGGAGGGCUUUAAGAUGAUUAGGUGGGCGAGUAAUGAUAAAUUCAAUGGCGGCUGCUGUUGUGGACAAGAGGAACGGAGGGCAGAUAAACAACCUAUCCCCGAUGUCAUGCAGCAGCCCAGUACAGCUCCCAAGCGCUGUUGUGGACAGGAGGAACCGAACGCAGAAAAACAACCUAUCCCCAAUGUCAUGCAGCAGCCCAGUACAGCUCCCAAGCGCUGUUGUGGUGAUUCCGGUGGUUGCAAGCCUUCAGAAGAAAGUAGCAACAAAGUAUAGUAUGUUCAGAUCAUAGUUAAUCUUGUACAAUAAGUAUUCA